AGGUCGGGUUUGAGAUGACAGUCAACGUGAUUCUUUGUGGAUGCGUGGUUGCAUCCGCUCGCUCCACAAGGGCGUUCUUUUGCCAAACAAAUGGGGGGCAUGAUUGUUUUUUUGUUUGGAUUUUAUGUUCUUAAACCGUGCCAACGUAGCAGUAGCAUUUCUUUAGUUAUGGCGUCGUGUAGGUAUCUCUGCAAGGCGUAUAUGCAAGAGUAAGGCUCAGCCACUCAUGUGGUUGAGCAGAACCAUUCGGCUGCUUCCCCCAACGAGCGCGAUUCACGCCGUCCCCUCGCUCGCCAUUUCCGUCGCUGCCAUCGUCAAGCAGAUCAGCCGCCUCGCGCAAUUCACUCCUCGGCCGCGCGCUGGGCCGUGCCGCUCUCACCGCCAUCAUAUCGCGCUCUGACUGGUUGGUGCCGACAGCAGCAUGACGGAGGGCCUCCCCCCGCCGCCCAACGCGGUGGAUCCGUCAGCGGCGGCGGCGGCGGGGGCGGCGGCGCUGGAGGCGGAGCUGCUGGACGUGCUCGACGACAAGGGCCAGCCCACGGGGGACGCGCUGCCGCGCGGCGAGGUGCACAGGCGCGGGCUGUGGCACCGCGCGGUGCACACGUGGGUGUUCGCGGAGAGCGGCGCGCAGCUGCUGCUGCAGCGGCGGGCGAGGGACAAGGAGUCGUGGGCCGACAUGUGGGACGUGUCCAGCGCGGGCCACGUCACCACCGGCUGCUCAUCGCUGCACACCGCCGUGCGGGAGAUGGAGGAGGAGUUGGGCAUCUGUCUGCCCGCCGCCGCCUUCCAGCUGCUCUUCCAAGACACCUUCCAGUCAGUGCUCAAGGACGGCACUUAUAUAAACAACGAGUUUAGCGACGUCUACUUAAUCACAGUGCCCGAGCCCCUUCCUCUGUCAGCUUUCACCCUGCAAGAGUCGGAGGUGGCGGAGGUGAAGUGGGUGCCGUGGCGGGAGUACGAGGCCAGUCUGCGCAAUCGCGACCCGCAAUACGUGCCCUUCGACGUUGAGUCGCCCAAUGGCUACAAACAGCUGUUCUCACAUCUCGCCAAGAUAUCUUUGCCAUCGUAGGUGGAGACUCGGAUGCAGCGUUUGUAACGGCAUAUAUGUGCAUAGGAAUAUGAGUUUCCAACAUAUUUUUAUGGAAGAUGUGACUUGCCUGAUCAUCAGAAGUAAAAUGCUAGUGUAGCUAUUUUGUAUUAUCCA